AUGGCGCGAAUACACAUCUUGACCAUCUUCGUCCUCUCCCUUCUCUCCCUCGUCAGCGCCUCCGCCCCAACCUUCUGUAAAUGCACCUGCUUCUCCAACAGCACCAUAAUCCGUCUCGGCCCUCAACCCGACGACCCAGCCAACAACAAUCCUCAACAACCACCACCACCACCACCACCACCACCACCACCACCACCGUCCAAACCCACCGCGACCAUCACCGCCACCGCAUUACCCCCAAACAGCCCACGCUCCCCGAACGAUCAAUCACAGUUUCUCCUCCAUCUCGGUGGAUCCAAACGCGCAGCCUCCUCUUCCUGCACCCAAUGCAACCGCGCCUUCUGCCUGCAAUACAACCUGCCGAUCUGCAAAGACGCCGAAGAGAAGGACGUGACGACGACCUGUUUUCAGCGAGAUAGCAGGAAGGACGAGAUCAUUGUCUGGGGGUUCAUUUUGAGCACGGCGGGACUGCUGGGAUGGGCAGGGGUGAGGAGGGUUUUGGAGAAAGGACGGGUUUCUGGCUUUGGAGGAGGGGGAGGAGGUGCUGGGGGGAGGUCGGGAUUGAUGGGUGGUCUUGGGGGGACUGGUAAUAUCGGAGGCAGUAGAGCCGGUGGGAAUGCUGGUGCUGGUGCUGGUGGCUUGGGAGGGAUUGGAGGGGGCUUAUUUAGGAGGGCUUUUAGCGGAGGAGCAGGAGGGCAAGGGCGAGGAGGAGGAGGAGGAGAACAAAGUACAGGACAGGGGGCAUAUAGUCCCCUUGGAGGGGAAGGGCGCUGAAUUCGGUCAAAUUGUAAGAUGGGGAGAUAAUGAAAUGUUAUGUCUGUUUAUGGUUUGUGUGGGGCGUUAUGGGUUAGGGAUUGGGAUUUAACCAUGUGCUUGAACGUGCGUGUGAGCUGGUUGGUGAAGCAAGUGAUCAGGGUGCAAAUAUGCUGAGG